CUGAGCGCUCAGGAACGUCAUUUGUCCUAUACUUUAGCACAGCAUUAAAAUGCGGCGAGUCUCAUGACCCCCUAAACUAAACUCAAGCGUACUCACCACAACGCCCCCCCCCCCUUCCCCCCAGCGCAUCGUCAUCAUCUGCCAUCAGCUGAUUCAACUCCCACAACCCUUUCCACAACAAACACACGACCCGAGUGAAGCCAACAAAAAGUCGGCUAGGGGCCGUACCGGUGACGGCAGGUACGAUUUCAUCUUCACAAACUGUCUCCGCUGUCAAUAUUUUCGGCGAGGUUGUGUGUUAUGAGCUGAACGGAGUUGACCCGAGCGAGCCGUACGGAGGUUAGGACGCCCCCCAAGAUAGCCCUCGCUCGAUAAACAAUAGCGAGAUUGCCAGAGGCACGUGAGCAGCCGACGCCAGCUUAAGCUCUGCAGUUACUGGCUCCCACAAGGCGCCACAACGACUCCGCUGAGCUCACUAGCCUGGCCAUGGAGUGCGACAUCUGCGUCGACCUCUUCGACGACGCCGAGCUCCUGCCCAAGGUCCUGCCGUGCGGGCACACGGUCUGCUUGCAGUGCCUGCGGCGGCUGCCCGACAGGAGCUGCCCGACGUGCCGCCGGGACUUCGUCGGAUCGUCGGAGGAACUCCCUACUAACUUCACAGUGCUGCAGGCGCUUCAGCAAGGCAAGCAGGACAGUGCUUCCGCCGCCUGUUGCUCGAAGUGCCGCGCCGCCGCUACGCCCUGCUGCUGGGACGAGCACGACGUCCUGCCCGCCAGGAGAGCCUUGAGGCGACAGCUGCAGGGAGCGCUGCAGCAGGCCGCCGAGCAGCUCCAGGGCCUCCAGGACCGGUGCCAGGACGAGCAGGCCCUGCCCGCCCUCACCCUGCUGACCGGCGAGUCCUGGCACGUGACCGUGCGGGGCGGGGACCGCGAGCUGACUGGGACCCUGCGGAAUUCGGAGGACUCCCUGAUCAAGGCCCUGUGGCUCGUACUGGCGGCGAGGGCCGCGCUCACCGAGAGCCGAGCUGGAGCUGAGGAACCACCUGCAGCUGCGCCAUUGCCACCUGCAGCUGCGCCAUUGCCACCUGCAGCUGCACCAUUGCCACCUGCAGCCGGAGGACAUCCCGGACCUGACGAUGCGCAGCCCCCGCGGGAGAUGGAUUUGUACCAGAUCAGUAUAAGUGGACCCGAUGCCCAGCAGCAGGAGAAGGCCGCCGCCCUGCGGGACGCACCAGGGGUGACGCGGCUGGUCCACGUGUACUGCGACAAGGACCCGUCCUGGAACCUCCAGCUGCUGCAGCGCGCUGCGCCCAGUGUGGAGGAGCUGAAACUGAUCUACCCCCGCGAGGCCCACCUGCUCGCGGUGCACGCCAUGCCGCGGCUGAGGAGGCUGAACGUGUUUUCUGCUGACGCGCUGGACGCGCAGCCCCCCGUGCUGCCCGCGCUCCCUCCUGGGACCGCGGCCUGCAGGUGGCUCAAGGUGUUGGGCCUUCCACGCGCCACGACGCAGUCCCUGAUGCGGGCGCACAGCCACUCGCUGGUGGAGCUGCAGCUGACGGUGGGCUCGCCGGGGGACAAGGAGUGGCCUAAGGGCUGCGGGGACCUGCACUCGCUGCUGGAGCAGUGCGGCCUGCGGGCGCUGAGGAGGCUCGUGCUGCGGAGGGUGUUGUGCACGCACAGGGCGGCCCAGUGCGACCAGCAGCGCGCCCAGGUGCGGCGGGUGCUGCCCGGGGCCGAGGUACUGUGGUGAGCAGAGCAGAGCAGAGCGAGGUGAGCAGACAGCAGUGUCGCGGGUGCGCAGAGUGUUCGAGUUCAAGAGGGACUGCGGGAGAGUGUGUUAGGCGCGGCCCUGUGAGCAAGAUCAGAGUCGCGCAUCGAGUUGAAGAUAAAUAGAUAUCUCUCACCCCCAUCUAAAUUAACGCAAAAGUAUGAUAGAUCACAAAAAUGCUCGAUAUUUUCGAACCCUCUUGACUUGUCAAACAACUUUGUCAGGUGCCCAUUAUUCUUUAUGUAUUUAUUGUAUAAUAAUAACUGAUAGCGUGAAGCUCACAAAGAAGUUGGUGAUUGUAAGUUACCACAUGGGGUUUGCAAUCAAUGUCCAGUUCGUAAAAUCACCACAAACCCUUAUAUGGUAUGUAUCUAUCUUAUCUUCAAUGUAGUUUGUAAUUACUGCUCUUUUACAUCUUAAAGGCUAGAAACAAAUUGUAAAUAAAAAUAUUUGUACUAAUUAUCAAACAUGUUACUCUUGCCAUGCAUAUAUGCAAGAUAGUUUUAACUUCUAUUUUGAUUUAUGAUGCUCAUUUCAUUAGUAAAUGCUUUGUUUCCUCGUGCUUUCAUGUGUGUCUGUUAAUUGGUUAUACUUAAUAUUUAUUUAUUCUGUAUGUCCCCUGUCUUUGUAAUGUUAUCUGUAUUUUUCUUUGUUGACAAAGUAAGAUUGUGUGCACUUUGUGUCAAUUUGGUUUUGUAAUUUUUUUGUUGUGGUAUUGAUGUCUCCAAUUGUUGUUUUUAGACUUGUGUGCUUUCCUUGAAAAUGUUUGACUAGUGCUUUGCGAGAAAGAAAUACAUAAACCACUAAACUAUUGUAA